ACUACGUGAUCAACCAAAAUUCCUCUGUUUUUUUCCCAAGUCAAGAAUAGCUCCCCUACUAUUCAAAAUCUUGAUCACUCGUCCCUAUAAAUAGGAUUCAAAUCACGAAAUUAAUUUCAUUUAAAUCCCAAAUCAAGGAAAAAAAAAUGUCACAAGUAGAAUUCGAUUUCGCAUCUUUGAACGAGUUCCACGACUCAGUCAACGAGUUACUGAGUCUGCCGGACAUGAAGCUGGCCGUGAGCGACCGGCGGCAGGAGAAGCUGGCCAACGACGUCUCGGAGGCGUCGCUGAAAAUGGCGGACUCGUGCGCCGCCGCAAAGGAUCUCAUCCUCCUCGCGAAAGACCACCUCCAGAGCCUGCAGGCGGCUUUCCGCCGCAUCGCCGGCGCCGCCGACCACUCCGGCGGAAGCAUCGCCACCCACCGCCUCCCGCGGAAGCAGCUGAAGAAAGCGAUAAUGAAAAGGCUCGACUCCCUGAAGGGGAUGGAGCGCAGCACCUUCUCCUCCUCGGCCUCCGCGGCAGAGGAGGAGAAGCAGCAGAGCCUGGCUUCAGUAGUCAGGCUCUUGACCGAAGUGAGGGCGACGACGACCGCGAUGGUGCGGUCGCUGAUGACGCUGAUUGCAAUCCCGCAUCCGGGUCGGAAGGCGGAGUCGAGUCGGAGGGACCCGUUAUUCCGGAUCAAGCUGACCCGGGUGGACAGUUUAAGCUUCUGGGAGAAGUGUGACGUGUCCGAUGUCCGUACGAUGAUGAAGAGGCUGGAGAAGGUGGAGAUGGUGGUGGAUGACAUGGCUGCUGAGCUGGACGACAUGUUUAGAAGGCUGAUUAGGACGAGAGCCUCGCUUUUAAACAUAAUUACCGCUUAAUUAAUUAAUUGGGGGCUAAUUUAUAAUGACAUCCAACUUAUUAGGGCUUGGCUAUCAAUUAAAUUAGAUAUACACUUACAAAUUGGAUUUAGUGAUGAUACUCUAUGUACUGUAUCAUCCCAUAUUUUUUAUUUUUUUAUUAAAUUAUAUUUAUUCUUUGAUUCUUGAUUA